AUGUCUGCAACGCACGAGUAUUCGUUGCAUUACUUGAUUAAUGAGCUAAUGAAAACAUUAAAUAACUCUAUUGGUCCUGAGUUGAUUGUUGAACUAUUAGCAAAGCAUAAAGGACGGAAUAUUUAUCCAUCGUCUGAAAUCGAAGAUGCAAAACGAAAACUGUUGAACAAUAGUUCUACACCAAAAGAAUUCAAUGAACUCUAUGAUGACUUAAAAGCACGCCACGUUCAAGAUUUGGACAAUACAUUGAUUAUUUUAUCUCAAAUAGCAGAUAAUCAAGAGGUGCAAGAAUUAAUAAAACCAAAUAGUGGCUCAACUUUCCCCACGAGUCGUUCAAUGUCAAUCCUUACUCCGCAACGAUUUCAUAAUGAUACUCCAGGACAACAUACUUUCGUUCCUUCAAUGAAUACGACACGUCGAACGGAUACAAUAUUAUCUAGUCCAAGUUCAACAUUCAAACAUUCUCCUGGUGUACUUGCUGAAUUGAAAGAAAAUUUACUGCGUCCGUCGUCAACUCAACCAUCUCUUAGCAUACCAUCAGAAAUUUAUCAGAAAUUUCAUAAAGAAAAUAUCGACACACGAAGACGAGGUGAUUACCCUCAACGACCACCUUGGUUUACUGAACGACUUGGUUUAGUUUGGGAUUUUUAUCCAACACCUCAAAAAUUUGAACCGGACGUUGCUCUUGGUCGUUCAACUAUAGUCGAACAAGAAAAGAUUAUUGUCGAAGAUUUAUUAUUGUGUAUGUUGGGCAUUGAAGGAAAAUUUAUCAAAACUCCAUCAUUAUCAUUGACUGAUAAACAAGCAGAAAGAUCAUUUCAUAUUGAUCGUUCAUUAGAUCCAACUUUACGGGAUUUGGCAAGACGAAUGUUACCGUUAUGUUCCAGUCAUUCAUUGAUUGUUCGAUUUAUCGAAGAGCGUAUUCAGUUCAAAUAUGGCUUAGUUAAUCAUGCAUUAGCAGGUGCACUUAGAGGAGUUUUAGAACGAUUUUACGUAUUUGUUGGUCAAUUAGAAACGCAACAGAAUUUAGGAAAUUUGACACUGCAAACAUUAUGGUUUCAUACUGAGCCCGUCAUGCACAUUAUGGAAGUUGUCGCAAUAAUUGUUCGAACAAUCAAUAAGGGUAACAAUAUCGGUCGUUCUGUACUUGAUUUAUUACAUGAACAAACACAAAAUUCAUCGGGUUAUAAACAGACCUACGAUACUUGUUAUUAUUUAGCUAAAUCGGCAUUCAAACCUUAUUUGACUAUGUUAGAAACAUGGAUUUAUAAAGGUAUCAUCCAUGAUCCGUAUAAUGAAUUUAUGGUUACAGAAAAUAAAGAUGUACAAAAAGAAAAUUUAGAAAAUGAUUUUAACGAUAAAUAUUGGGGUAAACGUUAUGUUUUAAAUCGUAAUAAUACGCCACGAUUAUUAGAAUCGAUGAGUGAAAUGAUAUUGAAUACUGGAAAAUAUUUGAAUGCCAUACGUGAAAGUGGUAUUGAUGAUAAAACAAAAACAAUGGAAGAACUGAAGUAUACAACAAAAGAAAAAGAUUUAGAAGAACCAUUGGAAAAAGCAUAUCAAUAUGCAUCCCAAAUAUUGUUAAAUUUGGUAUUAAAUGAAUAUCAUCUAUUAGAACGAUUUAAAACAUUAAAACAUUAUUUUCUUAUUGAUCAAGGAGAUUAUAUUGUUCAAUUUAUGGAUAUUGCUGAAGAUGAAUUGAAUAAAUCAGCAUCAAUUAUAAAUGCUGAAAAGAUUGAUGCCCUACUAGUUGUUGCAUUAGGCACAUCAAUUGAUCCAUAUAAAGAUGAUUUAAGAAUUAAACUAUUUAAUUAUGAUUUAAUAUCAAUGUUAGAAAAAGUUAUUACAAUUGAUCGUGUUAGUGGCGGUGGUGGCAAUAGUUCUCUAUCUUCGUCUUCAUCGUCUGUAUCUUUAUAUGCUCAAGGAGAUUUCGCAUCAACACCAAAAACAUCGGAUCCAAUUGAAAUUAAAUUAAGUGGUUUAGAAUCGUUUAGUUUAGAUUAUGAUGUCAAAUGGCCAAUAUCGUUGAUUAUUAAUCGAUUUGUUCUUGUACGUUAUCAAAUGUUAUUUCGUUAUCUAUUCUAUGUUAAACAUAUUGAACGUUUAUUAUGUAAUGUAUGGAGAUUUCAUAAAAAUGGUAGAAAAUUAACAACAAGACAGCAACAAAAAACAACAUCAUCAACAACAGCGAGAAAAACAAAUGUUGGAGAUGCAGCUGCUUAUCUUCGACAUAAGAUGCUCCAUUUUGUACAAAAUUUAUUAUACUAUAUGAGUUUUGAAGUGAUUGAACCACAUUGGCAUACAUUUCAAACAAAUUUGAAAAAGGUGACAAAUAUCGAUGAAUUACUCAAAUAUCAUUUUUUAUUUUUGGAUAAUUGUUUACGCGAUUGUAUGUUAACAAAUGGCCAUUUACUUCGUCUCAUACAUAAACUGAUGGCUAUUUGCGUUUUAUUCGCUAAUACAAUGAUGAAAGUCGAUGAACCUAUUCCUUUCUCGUCAACAACAACGACCAAAACUAAUUUACCAACAUCCGAAGAAUCUCUGUUUGCAAUGAUCUAUAAUUUUAAUUCAAAUUUUACGAAUCAGUUAACCGCUUUAUUAGAUGCUAUAUCAAGAGAAGAUGGCGGUGUUCAUGGACAAGAACAUCGACUAACAAAUAUUAUACACAGAAUUAAUUUCAAUAAUCAAUAUCAUUUUCAUGGUGGAAUGUAA